AAACAAUGGAAAGAAAUUUUUGUAUCCUAUUGGCUCAAACUGUCAAAGCAGUAUCUUGAAGAGUAUCUUAACAGUCGUACUUGUCAACACUAUAAAAUAGACAGAACUUUUUCUAUCUCUCGCCUUUGAUUCAUCAUUUCUUUAGCAAACACAAUGGCAUCCAAAUCUUUCGCUAUCAAAUAUUUUGUGUUGCUGUUGGUUGUAGCCCUGUUUUUCACAACUACAAUUCAUGCUCAAGAUCACAUCCAUGAAGAUGGCACUGUGCAUAACUCGACAGAAGUUUAUGAUCAUGACCAUGACCAUAAUCAUACAAAUACUACUGUUGGAGCCACAACUGAAGCUCAUAAGCACGACCACGACCAUGAUCAUGAUCAUGAUCAUAGCCAUGAAGUCUCUUCAGCUACUAACACUACACUUGUUAAUCAAGAAUCAGAAUCAGCAACUGCUGAACAUGAACACGAACACGAACACGGACAUGCUCACGGUAUUUCUUGUGAUAUGGAAGCUGAGUCUGCCUACAACAUGCCUAUGAGAAUCGGUUCUAUCUUCAUCAUCUUAGUUACUUCUGCUGUUGGUAUCUUUGCCCCCAUUGCUCUUUACCGUAUCAGCCCUCCUAAAGAAGGUGGCAUCCGCGACUGGAUCCUUGCUGCAGGCAAAUUUUUUGGCACAGGUGUCAUUAUUUCUACUGCAUUCAUCCAUAUGUUACCUGAAGCCCUUGAACGUUUUGAAUCCGAAUGCAUUGGAGAAGGCUGGCACUCUUAUCAUGCUUUCGGUGGUCUCUUUUGCAUGUUGGCAUCUUUCUUUCUUCAAUUGAUUGAAUUAGCUGCUAUCUCCAACCUGGAUAAGAUGGCAGCGAACAACAUCCCCGUAAUUAAUGAUAAAGAUGGUCAUGUAGUCAAUGAGAAAAUGGACAAACUUGGUCACUAUGAAACGGGACAUGUUCAUUCUGCUGGAUUCUUAGAAAACGAACAAUCUAUUCGCAACAUUGGCACAUUCAUCUUGGAAUUGGGUAUUGUUAUGCACUCUAUUAUCAUUGGUAUUACUCUUGGUACUAUUAGUGAAGGCUCAUUCCAAACUUUGUUGAUUGCUUUGGUAUUUCAUCAGUUCUUUGAAGGUAUCGCUCUUGGUACUCGCAUAAACGAGCUUCAAUGCAAUACAUGGCUUAAACCUACUGUAAUGGGCCUUUUGUUUAUCUGUAUGACUCCCAUUGGUGUUGCUAUCGGCAUUGGUAUUCGUUCUUCUAUUAAUCCUCCUGCUGCUAUUUUAGCCCAAGGUAUCUUGGAUUCUCUUUCAGCUGGUAUCUUGCUCUACAAUGCUUACGUUUCUCUCAUGAGCAUGGAAAUCAACCACAAUACCUCUUUUAGAAGAUCUCCUUUAUCACGCAAAAUCUAUUGCUUUAUUUGUAUGUAUAUUGGUGCCGCUCUCAUGUCUGUUCUGGGUACAUGGGCAUAAAAAAUUAUUUACUCAUUAUUUUUCAUCUAAUGGUUUCCUUUUAAUUGCAUGGCUCUCAUUUGUACUUCGUUAAUAUAUGGAAUAAACAAUCCC